UUUCCUCCCCCUCCCUUCCUCCACCUGUCCCCGGCGCGUUGGACGCUGGAAGCCAAGAUGGCGGCGGAGCUGGUGGAGGCGAAAAACAUGGUGAUGAGCUUCCGGGUCUCGGACCUUCAGAUGUUGCUGGGAUCGGUGGGCCGGAGCAAGAGCGGCCUCAAGCAUGAACUGGUCACACGGGCCUUGCAGCUGGUCCAGUUUGACUGUAGCCCAGAACUGUUCAAGAAGAUCAAGGAGAUCUACGAGGCUCGCCACGCCAUAAUCACCGACGCGGGCCAGCUGCCUCAGCAGCAUCAGCAGCCACCCCCGACGCACCGACCUCCUCCCGAAGCCCUCUCCCUGCAUUCUUCCUUCGACCGCAGUGGCACGGUGCCCAGGACUGCCCUUUCCACCCCCAACAUUGACUAUCCUUCUCUCUACGGGAAGUACUUAAACGGACUUGGACGGUUACCUCUCAAAUCCAUGAAGCCAGAAGUUCGGCUGGUGAAGCUCCCCUUCUACACCGUCUUGGAUGAGCUUUUGAAGCCGACCGAGCUCGUCCCACAGAACAAUGAGAAGCUUCAGGAGAGUCCGUGUGUCUUUGCUCUGACGCCGAGGCAAGUGGAGCUGAUCAGAACUUCCAGGGAGUUGCAGCCAGGUGUGAAAUCGGUCCAGGUUGUCCUCAGAAUCUGCUACACGGAUACCAGUUGCCCUCAGGAAGACCAGUACCCCCCAAAUAUCGCCGUGAAAGUGAAUCAUAGUUACUGUUCUGUCCCGGGCUAUUACCCAUCGAACAAGCCUGGCGUGGAGCCCAAGAGGCCUUGUCGUCCCAUCAACCUCACUCAUCUCAUGUACCUGUCGUCAGCAACCAACCGCAUCACUGUCAUUUGGGGCAACUACGGAAAGAGCUAUUCUGUGGGCCUGUACCUAGUGCGACAGAUGACGUCUGCAGAAUUGUUGCAGAGGUUGAAAACGAUUGGCAUUAAACACCCAGAGCUCUGCAAAGCACUUGUCAAAGAGAAGCUGCGCCUGGAUCCAGAAAGCGAAAUCGCCACCACGGGGGUCCGUGUAUCUCUCAUAUGUCCGCUGGUAAAGAUGCGACUGUCCGUGCCGUGUCGGGCGGAGACCUGCGCCCAUCUGCAGUGCUUCGACGCUGUCUUCUACCUGCAGAUGAACGAGAAGAAGCCAACAUGGAUGUGUCCAGUGUGCGACAAACCAGCCACUUACGACCAGCUCAUGAUUGACGGGCUACUCUCGAAGAUCUUGACUGAGUGCGAGGAUGCCGACGAGAUCGAGUACCUGGUGGACGGUUCCUGGUGCCCAAUCAAAGCGGAGAAGGAGAGAAGCUACAGCCCCCAGUGCCCAAUACUGGUCGUAGGUGGAUCCACAGGGGGGACUUCAGACGUCAACGGGGUGCUUCCCAUAGCUCCCAGCACCAACGGGGAAAACGGCAAGGUCCCCGCCGACGUAGUGGAUUUGACACUGGACAGCUCGUCCUCCGAAGAGGAUGAGGAGGAGGACGAUGACGAGGACGAUGACGUGGGGCCCAGACGGAAGCGGCCCCGCCUGUACAAGAAAGACCUGGCUUCUGCCUGCUGACCGCCAAGGGCGCUACGGAACUCCCAGUGGAAAAGCUUGAAUACUCUGGUGCUUACUUGGAUAUGGGAAGAGGGGCUGUUCUCCCACACGCAUACACACACCCUUCCAUCUCACUCUCCUCCGAAGCAGACCUUCAGCUCCACCUUCGGAUCCAACAUAAGACUACAAAAGAAUGCACUGGGGAGCGACUGCAUGGCUGGACUUUUCCUCCGCUCCCCGUCCCCGCGAAACAAUCUCAGGCUCUUGUCAGCUUGGCUCAAAUGGCGUCCGGAAGCCAGGGACUCGGGCAGCCUAUCAGGAAUCACCACUGUCUCAAUUUCCCUUCUUUCCUUCUCCUCUCCCGUUGCUUCAUGGAUAACCUUAAACUGCAGGCUGGUUGCAACUUGUCUGAACGCCCAGUGGACCAUUGUUUUUUGGUUUAGCCUUGCUGUGUCUCUCUGAAGCUGUGUGCAUUCUCCCCCACCCCUUUGUUCAAUAACCAUUCCAGACUCUCUUGAAGCGCCUCGUUGAAUAUAUGAAGUGGGGGGUGUUUGGGGGGAUAUUUUUUGGGGGGGUGGUCCGGCUGGGAGGUUUCUAGAACCAAGAGAGCUUCCAAGUUGGAUGUUUCUUUCCGGGGGGCAUGUUAAGUUUUUUUUUUAAGGGGAGGGGAGGGGGGGGAGAGAAAAUAGCGAGAGAUUGGAAUCGCUCAGUGUUUGAGCAGCUUGUAACCUCAUGUAAAGAAAAGGUUGGGAUCCUUUUUAGCCACUUCUGAAAAUAACGUAGAAUUCUUGCAUAGUGAUUCCUUUUUUUUGUUUUUAGUCGAACAGAAGCCAUUGGAGGGGAGGGAGAGAAGGGAGAGGGUGGUCAUGGGGGGGGGGCGGGGGAGGUUGAAAUGUGGGAAGGGCUCAAACCACAAACUGUCUUUUUUUGAAGUGCAAUAAUUCAGUGUGUUUUUUGGCAGAUGCGGAAGGCUGAGCAAAAUUUCCCCUCGGUCCCCAAAGGGUUUGACUCAAGCCUGCUGCGUCGGGAAAUGGAGCGGUGGGGGUGGGGGUGGGGUCGGUUGGUGGGCCUUCCAGAACAAAAAGGAAAAAAAAAUUGCCCCGUGGAGGAACUUUACGUUUCUUUUUCAAUUUUGGUUUCUUGCCAACUACCUCGGUUUUAAAAAAAAUAAAAUAAAAUAAACGAAUUACCCAAUUCAGGUUGUCGCUCGGUUGUGCGGAACAGCGCCGAGCCAAGCCAGGGGUGGCCCCGGCCUGCAAGUGACUGUGUUUUCAAAAGGCUUCCGGGUAUGCGCCUUGCUGUGCCGCUGUUCCUCUCUGUGUCUGAGAGCAUGCAUGUAUGUUUAUGGAACCUUUUUAAUAUUCCCCACCACUGCCACCAGCCUUUGACUUGUCCUCCGACCUCUGUCUUUCCCGGCGGUUGUUCUGGACUUCCCUUGCUGAGGAGGGAGGUGAAAGUCACCAGUCAUUUCCCCCAAGCAAGAAGCUGUGGGUAUCUAUGAAGAAGAGUGUAUAUUAAGUCACGGGGUGUGGGGGGAAGAGUGUCUCUUAGGGACACCAGGGUCCUCUUCAUGGACUCUUUGGUGCACCUUCUAGAGACUCAGACGAGAGUUUUGUGACUUUUCCCCCCCUCCUUGGCUGUUAACCUGCCACUUCUGCGUUUUUGCCAUGUUGUGUGGUCUUGCUUUUCUCCGUAACCGCAUCCUCCCCUGUUACAACUUGGUAGCAGCUCUUCCUUCCUCCCUCGGUGAUGAAUGUAGAACCCUUAAUUUUUUGGGUUUUUUUAAAAGGAAAGAUGCAAAUCGUCGCUGCUUCCCGAUGUUCUGAUAGGAAAAGAAAUGCACUCCCCCCCCCCACCAAAAAAAACAACCUAUGGGGGCAUGUCAGAGGCCAGUUAGAACUGAACCAAAAGACCUCCUGCCUCUCACUUUUGAGGGAAUCUUGGCCGUCUUUGCAGAUCCCAUGGCAGGAUACCUUCUUCCUGGGAACUCCAAAAUCUGAGGUGCCUCACCAUAUCUGUACUACCACUAUGGGGAGAGACCAGACCACUGCAGAUGGGUGCUUUUUUUCUUUUCCUUUCCUUUUUGCUUGUUUGUUUAACAAGCCCCACCACCUCACAGCAAACAUUCCUGUCUACUUGCUUGACUUUUCCUUCUCCUCUAGAGCUUUUGCCCAGACAGCAGCACCCCCAGCUAGAAAAGUUGGAGUUUAAUGUUGUUGAUGAAGGGACAGGGUGGGGCGGGGGCUCAGUGGGUCCCGCCCAGCUCACCUGACUUUUCUCUGUUUUCAGCCCACAUGAAAAUCUGGUCGCUUCCCUUCUCCAAAGUCAGUGAAAGUGUCAUAGCUCAACGUAAGCAAUAUGCUGGCUUUUGUUUGUUUGUUUGUUUGUUUUGUUUGUUUGUUUUAAAACAUGCAGACCUGUUCAAAAUGAAGUUUUCUUGUACAGAUUUUUCAGCUUUGCAUUUUCAGCCAGGCGGUAGGGUUAGCUCUCUUCCCCCCACCCCUCCCUUCCACUUUCUUCCCCGGAAUCUGUACUCUAAUUUAACUGUGUGUUAACUUCCCAUCCCCUUGGAUCCCCCCCCCCCCCAAAAGCCAAGUCACUGUCUCUUGACUUCUGUAUUUACCUUCUCUUAUCCCCACCCCCACCCCACCCCUAGCUUGGACAUCCUGUACAUACAGCACUUGUGUGUUUUUUUUGCUUAUAUCCUCUCUUCUCUCCCCCUUUUUUGUAAAGAAAAGAAAAUUAUUUUUCUUUUGUUCAAUACACAUUCUUCGAAAAUUCGAGAUUAUAGUGUUUGUUAAAUAAAUAAAAGGAAAGAUUUCAAUUUAA